GGCUUCUAUUGCUGGAGAAGGAUUUUCCCGAGAGCAACCUAGACACGUGCUGUGGUCAUGCGGCCAUCUGCAUGUCGCCCACCCACUCGCCACCUCACUACCUCUUACAGGCACACUGCAGGAUGGUUACAGUAGCAUCCAACAGUUUCAUUCACAGGGUAUGAAGGAACCUGCUUACCCUGAUCAACUCCCCCUUCUACCAAAACUUGCAUUAUGCCGUUUCGUGUUUGAUUCGAAAACUGAAAAGUGGGCACUUUGGUCAAGUGCGGCGUUAAUAAUUAGUAUGGCUGACUAUUAAUCUAUUCCGAAUUGCAGAAUACGAGCUUCAUAUGGCUCCCUGGGUGGACGGAGAGCGGGCAUCCUUCCAAGCCACGUGUACCAGGUUAUUUUCGGCAUGGAAAUUGAAGCGGGUGUGAUUAGUUGUGCCUUGAGGCCACAUCAUGUAAGCCUCGCUGAAGAAGGUGGGGAGCUUAACCAAUCCGGGAUGAAGCUCUGCGCAGUAGAAUAUCGAGACACAUCCAGGGCGAGUAUACUAUAAUCAUUGAAGUUGCAAUAGUUUUUGACCCGAGUAAUAGGUACCUCAAUCUGAUUCUCCUGGUGUUCUUUACUUAGCUUUUGAUUUCUCCUACCUUUUUCUAAACACGGAUUCUCAUUACAGUUCCCCACAGAGCUUUCAUUCAAUCACACAGUUGGCAUGAUGGCAUAUCCCAACAUUCUUCAAGAUGCCGAUUCGCCAGGUGCGAUCGUGCCUGUCGCGAUUGUUGGAAUGUCACUAGAAUUCCCAGGAAACUCGAGCUCGGCAGAUUCAUUUUGGUCCCUUCUGAUGAGUGGACGUUGUGCCUCCGAUGAGUUUCCACCAGAGCGUCUCAACGGAAGUUCACUUUACCAUCCGGAUCCAACCCGCGGGAUGAGUGUAUGAAAUAUCUGCUCCACCAAAUUGAGACGAUAAUACGAGCAUUCACUUACUUGUAUUUGUUCAGAUCCCUGUUCGCUGUGGACACUUUAUUGAUAGGCCCGUCGAUGUAUUCGAUGCACCGUUCUUCGGGCUCUCUGCUGCGGAGACCUUAGCGAUAGAUCCUCAAUGCCGUGCACUCCUUGAAACAACAUACAGAGCACUGGAAAAUGGUAUGUCAUAGAAUCUAGCAUGUAUUUUCGGGAAUAAGUUAUGAAUGUAACAUAUGCUAUAGCUGGGCUCACGAUUGCCGGUAUCUCAAAUAGCAAUACCUCUGUUUAUACUGGUAGUCUCAGCAAUGACUUCACAGCAUUUACAUCGAAAGACUUAGAGCAGGGCUCAAGAUACUCUCUUGUUGGAAUGCCUUCGCUUCUUGCGGGCCGCUUAAGCUGGUUUUUCAAUCUCACCGGGCCUUCCAUCACAAUUGAUACAGCAUGUUCCAGUAGCCUUGUAGCAUUGGAUUUGGGUUGUCAGAGCUUGUACUCAGGCACGUCAAACAUGGUCAGCUAAUAGAUCUCCUCCACAACAUCUGGACGAGGCUAACGUGAUAAAAGAGUAUUGUUACAGGUAGCAGUCUGAUCUUUUCAGAAGACUUAUUUCACAUGCUUUCGAACAUGGGGAUGCUAUCACCUGAUGGGAAGUCUUAUAGUUUUGAUCAUCGUGCGAACGGUUACGGAAGGGGUGAGGGUAUUGCGGCUUUAAUUAUUAAGCGACUUCCCGAUGCAUUAAGAGACGGUGAUACUAUUCGUGGUAUCAUUCGCUCCACGGGAACAAAUUCCGAUGGCCAUACACCCAAUGUUACCCAGCCAAGCAAAACCUCUCAGACAUCACUUAUCCAACAAACGUACGAAAAAGCAGGACUUAGUAUGAGACCAACUAGAUACUUCGAAGCACAUGGUACUGGGUGAGAAUCUCAACCCAAAGCUGUAUCUGAAUCAAAAUUGAUGGUUGUUAGAACUCCAAUAGGGGAUCCAAUGGAAGCCAAUGCCAUUGGCGCCGCAUUUCGAGGUGUUCAUCCAGAAGGAGAGCAUUUGUAUACGUAAUUAAUUCUUCCUCAAAUCGACUUUUGGAUUGAAGCCACUAAUUAAAUCCAGAGGUUCGGUGAAAUCAAAUAUUGGUCAUCUCGAGGGCGCUAGUGGUCUUGCUGGGGUUAUCAAAACAAUUCUUAUUCUGGAGCAGGGAAUGAUUCCCCCGAAUGCCAAUUUCGAGAAAAUCAAUCCAAGAAUUGACGAGGUCGGUUUGAAUAUCAAGGUUAGUUACGAUACAGUAGCCCGCUUAAAGGAAUUACAAAGCUAAGACAACAGAGAUUCCAACCGAAGCAACACCUUGGCCCACGGGAGGCUUACGCAGGGCGUCUGUCAACUCAUUCGGCGCAAGUGGUACCAAUGCGCACGUUGUACUUGAUGAUGUUUAUCACUUUCUACAAGAACGUGGGUUACAUGGAAAUCAUUAUACACGGGCUGAGCCGGCACCACCACGCGAUCAACCAGUGAAAUCAAACGGGCGAGUGAAUAGUUUAUUACAUGAUGAAGCUCAAUUUGAGCAGACCACUCCUCGGCUCUUGCUCCUGUCUGCAAGUGACGAGGGGGCCAUGAAACGAGUUGUUGAGCUUUAUCAAGAAUGGCUGAAAGGCAUCCCCAUGAAAGCAACAGACUUUGCCUCUUUUCUUGAUAAUUUUACAUACACGCUCAAUUCUAGACGUACGCGUCUACCUUACAAAUCGUUUGCGGUUGUGGAAAACAUAGAGGAACUACGUGGGAUGGGUUCACAAAUGUCCCACCCCCUUCAUUCCUUGGAGAAACCACAUGCGGCAUUUAUUUUCACUGGACAGGGUGCUCAGUGGGCCGGUAUGGGUAAGGAACUUCUAAAAUUUUCCAUGUUUCGUGAGCAAUUACUGGAAUCAAAUGAGUAUCUGAAAUCGUUAGGAUGCCAGUGGGAUAUCAUUGGUAUUGUCUUCCCCCUUUACCGUCAAAUGGUGAGAUUUACUAAGCGAGGCGUAGAUAGUCUUUCCAACAUUGAAAAUAAAGGGGCUAUCGAUCGACCCAGUUUAAGCCAAACUCUAUGUACUAUACUCCAGGUUGCUAUUUGCGAUUUAUACCGCAUCCUUAAUAUCUGUCCCAUUACUGUCGUUGGACAUUCAUCGGGUGAAAUUGCGGCAGCGUAAGUACCCUAUCGUCAAGCAUUUGUUGUUUAGAGCUGAAGUUAGAUCGUAGAUAUUGCACUGGGGCACUCUCCAGGGAAUCGGCCUGGAAAGUGGCGUACUUUCGGGGUAUGGUGUCGGAGAGCCUAGCCGAAAAAUAUGAAGGAGGGAUGAUGGCGGUUGGCAUGCCCGCCGCAAUCCUUCAUACAAUAAUCGAAGAAAUUGCUCCAUCGCUCACCAUCGCUUGUAUAAACAGCCCUGAGAGUGUGACAGUCUCUGGAGACCGAGCACAAUUGCAAAUCUUGACAGACGCACUCGCUAGCGGAACAUACGGCUCCGGCAUUUUUCAACGUCGACUUAAAGUGCAAGUGGCCUAUCAUUCAUCCCAAAUGUCUUCCGUAGCGGAAGAAUACCGAGGACUAUUGGGGGUUUUGGAGCCAGGCGAAAGUGAAAUCCGGCCGAGGCCUACCAUGAUAUCUUCCGUGACAGGCAAGCUCAUUGAGCCCUGCAAAAUGUGUAAUGUUGAAUACUGGAUCCAGAACAUGCUACAGCCUGUCCGGUUCAGUGAUGCUGUUGUGCAGAUGGUAUCACAACCGAGUUUUGGUCGACGGAAGAAGCUUGACGGUAGCCAUCGGCCAUUGGUCGUUUUACGCCCGCAUGUUUUGGUGGAGAUUGGGCCACAUUCAGCUCUUCAAGGUCCGGUCAGGAGCGUGCUCAAACAGACACCUGCUGCCUCAGGUAUAAAAUACUACUCAGCUUUGAAGCGAGAUACACCAGCAGAUAGGACGACCUUGGCUGUUGUUGGACAGCUCAGCUGCCACGGAUUCUCUGUGGAUCUCGCACGGGCAAAUGAAUUGCAUCGUGAUUUGGGAGAAAUUCGCCAACAGAUGAGAUUUGUACUGCACACCCUUCCUGAAUAUCCAUUUAAUCAUUCAGAUCGAUACUGGUCAAACGCUCGUCUUGGUCAAGAGUACCGAUAUCGCCGCCACGCCAAACUUGAUCUUCUGGGAAAGCCGGUGAUUGAUUGGAACCCGCUUGAAGCUAGAUGGACGAACUUUUUGAAGUUGUCGGAGAUUCCUUGGGCAGCUGACCAUAAGGUGUGUUCACAGUUCGGCAAGAGGCUUUUCACUUUGCCUUGCUAUUUUCCCAAUGUAACAAUCUAACUUAGACUAGAUUAACGGCUCUGUGAUUUACCCCGCUGUAGGAGUAUUUAUAAUGGCAGCAGAAGCAGCAAAGCAAUUAGCCCAGUCGAAUUCAGAUCGUCCAAUUAAAGGCUACAGACUUAGCAAGGGAUACUUCUUGACGGCCCUCGUCAUUCCAACAAGUGCCGAAGGCAUUGAAACUCACCUUCAUCUGAGACCCCCUCAAGAUGAUGCGAAUAGAGAUUGUCCUUCCUGGGAAUACGAUUUGUACUCAUGUCAAAACGGUCAAUGGCAUAAGAAUUCUCAUGGUACUAUUGUCGUUGAAUAUGAGACCCCUCCAAACAAGGUUUCCGUAGUGCAGGAGGAGUUAGAGUGGCUCAGGCGUAGUCGAAAUGCUCACAAAAACGCAGAAGCUACGGCAAAGUCGGUGAUGUCUCGAGCGAACUUCUACAAAUCGUUGUGGAAGUCGGGAUAUACCUUUGGUCCUGCUUUUCGUGCAAUGGACAAUGUCACUUUCAGCGAUGAUAACGGAUGGGAGUCAACAGCAGAUGUCAGGUGUUUCGAUUGGCACGCUGUAGAUAAUUCGAAUCACUAUCAAGAGCAUAUUGUACACCCUACAACACUGGAUGGGGUUAUACAAACGAGUUUAGCAGUAAUGGCUCAAGGCGGCGCCGGUGUCUCUCCUACUGCUGUGCCCAUUGAGGUUGAAAACUUCUGGGUUUCCAGCACAGGGCUCGCAUAUCCUCAAGCAGAAAUGGUAAAAUCGAAAGCUCGACUUCUCAGCAAAGGUAUCACCGGAUAUGAAUCUUCUGUCACUGCUCUUGAUAGCACAUCAGGGAAGGUUUUACUUUACGCGAAAAGAUUCAGGCUCAAGUUUGUUACUGCGACAGGUUCUACACAUGUGCGAGAUAGGAAUCCGCAUAUGUGCUACCAUUUACAGUGGAAACCAGAUGUAGACCUAUUCAAGACAUCAAACGCAUUAGAUACUUUAACACUUCCCCAAGGAUCAAACGAAAUUCGGGGUGAUAGGAUGCUCGAAAUUGUCAAGUCGUAUCUUGAAAUAGCAACUUUCAAGAAUCCCAACAUGCAUAUUCUUCACAUCAGUGCGGGGCGGAACGAUCGUCAACAUUUCCUGUUAGAACAAUUCUUCGCUCCUAACAAUUCCUGUAAGCUAGUCUUACCACACGGACUGUACACUUUGGUGGAUCUCGCUGGAAUGCAACAGAGGGACGAGCUGCGCCGAGAGUAUGAUGGUUUGACAAUAUAUGCAAGCGAAAGCUUGUAUUCUGGAAGACUGGGGGAGAAUACGUUUGAUCUCGUGAUUUUGUCUCGGGUAAUCUUUGCAAUUCAUAACAUCAUUUAUCCCACAACUAACUGAAUUCCAGGACUCUGAUAGGGACGCAAACGCCUGCAAAUAUUUGCCUCAUGCUGUUAAAUUACUAAAACCGUGAGUAAUUUGGUGAGAUUCGUCUCUAUGUUGCGGGAAUGCUGAUUACCAAAUGUAGUGGCGGACGACUCAUUCAGCUAGAGAUUGGAGCUUCCUUGCGUACUGACGAAAGAUGUAAUGGUAAUUCUUAAAGAACUCCUGUGCAAAACAAGUACUAACUCAUGGAGUGUUACAUGAAGAUAAGGACACUAUCAGCGGAAGUCGCGCUUUUGACAGUAAAAUGACCGCGGAAAUAUCCUUGGAAGAGGAAACACAUAUGAAGUUCAAAGUUUUUAGAAAGCUUUUACGCCAGCAGCUUGAACCGCUUCCCAUGCGAUUUGUGCUUAUCAUUGAUGACGUUUCCCAAGCUCAACAAGAAGUUUCCGAUUGCUUAGUAAAAGAGUUACAGCAAAUAGGCCACCGCGAUUGCGAAGUCAAUUCGUUAGACAAAGUCAAGAGCAUCGAUUCAGAAAUUCAGACGACGUAUAUAUUUUUGAUAGAGAUGGAGAGGCCAUUAUUGGAAGAUAUCUCAUCAGAAGAGUUUCUCGUGUUAAAAGAAAUUAUAAUGAAGGCUAAGGGAAUCCUCUGGCUCACUGCGCGAGAAAAGCAGCACCCUCUUCUACCGAGUCGAGGAAUAGUCGAUGGGCUCGCUAGGGUGGUCCGAGCGGAAAGCAAUCGCGCCGUCUUUGUUUCCGCAUCGCUUGAGAAGGAUUCUAUAGAAAAGCAAGUAAAUCACAUUAUAACAGUGGUGAGAAAAACGGCUUUUGGAUGCACAGAUCAAAAUUACGAAUCAGCAUACUCCCAGGACGGUGGCAAUCUCAACAUCUGCCGUGUUGUUCCAACUAAAGAUACCUCAAGUGAUGUUUUCCAACGAUCGUUACCGGAGCAGUCAAAACCACAAGCUUUCGGAACAGGGCCACCUCUUCUGUUAACAGUAGCCGCACCGGGAUUGCUUGACAGUCUUCAAUGGGUUGAAGAUACCUCAUAUUACGAAGAUAUCGCUGCUGAUGAGGUUGAGGUUAAAGUCCAAGCGAUUGGACUAAACUUCAGAGAUUUACUUUUUGCCUUAGGAAGGAUCAAUGGAACGACGUUAGGGACCGAUUGCGCAGGUAUAGUGACCCGAGCAGGAAGGCAAACCGAAUUCAAGGCUGGAGACCGAGUCGCCCUUUUUACUCCAACUGCAUUCGCAACUUAUACCAGGAUCAAAGCAGCAGCAGUCGCUCGAGUUCCCACGGGGGUCAACUUCUUUCAAGCCGCGUCGGUUCCGUCGCAAUUCGUGGCGGCUUGGGACGCUCUUCAAAAUUUGGCGAAAUUGAAAAAAGGAGAAACAAUCCUUAUUCACUCAGGGGCCGGUGGAACAGGCCAGGCUGCCAUACAGAUUGCGCAACACCUUGGUGCUGAAAUCAUUACCACUGUCGGUUCUGCCGAAAAGAAACGGUUCAUUACAGAGCACUAUGGUAUUCCAGAAGAUCACAUUCUCUACAGCAGAGAUACGUCCUUUGCAGAUGGUAUUCGCCGCAUGACAAAUGACCGUGGUGUCGACGUCAUUCUUAAUUCGCUUGCAGGAGAAAACUUAGUGGCGAGCUGGGAACUCAUUGCUCCUUAUGGUCGGUUCAUUGAAAUUGGAAAGAAGGAUAUCGAUGCGAACAACAACCUACCGAUGGGACCUUUCAUGAGAGGUGCCACCUUUGUCUCUUUAGAUGUGGCAUCGAAGUCUCACGAUAUGCCGUUGCUAGUAAAACACACCAUCGAAGGUAUACUGAAUAUGUUUCAACGAGGGAUAUUCCAUCCUGCGCAGCCUCUACAUGUUCUCUCCAUUUCUGAUAUAGAGAAAGGUAUGCGACUGCUACAAGAAGGCAAUCUGAGUGGGAAAGUUGUGUUCGAAAUCAGUCAUGAUGCAGUAGUCCCUGUAAGUGAAAGGGCGACAAGUUCGCGUGUCAUGAUUUGCUAAUGCCUACAUAGACCACCUUAAAAACAACCCCGUGCUUUUUCUUCGACAAAGAGAAGACUUAUGUAAUUGCUGGUGGAACUGGUGGAUUAGGACUCGCAACUGCAAGAUGGAUGGUCGAAGAAAGAGGAGCAAGAAGCAUCCUCUUGUUAUCCAGGUCAGGACUUCAAAGGGACGAAGUUAUUGCGACAGUGGCCAAGCUUCGAGAAACGGGGGCACGUAUAGAGGCCCCUCCUUGUGACAUAUGUGAUGUUUCAAAGUUACGGGCUGUCCUUGAUAAUUAUAAAAACGAUAUGCCACCAAUUGGUGGUUGCAUACAAGCAGCAAUGGUUCUCCGGGUAAGUACAACCGCUUUCUGAAUUCUUUGCAAAACUGACUAGUCUUAGGAUACACUGCUUGCUAAUAUGACCCAUUCAGACUGGAAAGUGAGCACGGCGACAAAGACUACUGGCUCAUGGAAUCUUCAUACCCUCCUUCCCAAGGGCCAAGACUUUUUCGUGCUUCUGUCCUCUGUUGCCGGCAUCCUGGGUUCCGCUGGGCAAGCAAAUUAUGCCGCUGGUAACACAUAUUUAGACUCCCUGGCUCGUUACCGUGUUUCGAAAGGGGAAAGGGCAGUUUCUUUGAACCUUGGUGUAAUGCUCGAAAAUGGCUUCUUGGCUUCAAAGACGGAUCUUAGGGAGCGAAUCCUGACCGGCGGGUUUCUCACGGGUGUUACUCCCUCUGAGUUCUUUGCCGUGCUUGAUAAAUACUGCAAUCCAAGCCAGAAAGUUUUAAAUGUUGAUGAAAGUCAGCUCAUCAUUGGACUUGCUCCACCGUCCAAAAUCUUGAAAAGGGCAAACAAAGAUUUUCCAUUUCCCACGCUUCCAUUCUACCAACACAUUCUGCAUCGCGCGAGCAACAAGACAGACGAAGGUUUGGAUGGUUUAGCUAGAAAUCGUCAACAAUUCAUAGCAGCUGAAACUCUCGAAGAAGCGGGCGCUAUUGUUUCCCGGGCAUUUUUGGAGCGACUAGUGAGCAGCAUGCCAGCAUCUGCAGGAACAUUGGAAGACGGCACAGCCGCUCUUUUGCAACCAAUUCGUGUGUUUGGCGUUGAUUCAUUACUGGCUAUUGAAUUAAGAGGCUGGUUUGCUAAGGAAUUCGGGGCUGAUAUUCCGAUCUUUGAAAUCCUGGGAGAAGGCACGAUUCUAGCCAUUGGCCUCUCUGCCUCGGGGAAGAGCUCACUUCGUUCAUUUGACGAUUCAUGA